ACAGGAGGUGCGGUGUCAGAACUUUCAACAGUUUCGUGGUGACCGUCCGCUGGUCAUCACGUCACCGAAUUUGCUGACUGAGUUUAGUGGACAACUUCUUUUUCUCCCUGUCCUUGGAAUCAGUAUCUUCACUAUUCCUGUAAAAGACAAAGUGUAUGGUGUAAAAGCCCGUAGAGCGGCCUUUUCAACAGUGAAAGGCGAGUGUGUCGAGGCAGGAUGCAUAUGGCUUACCCCCUGCCUGCCCUGGAUGAUGUACUAAGCCACAACACACUAUGAGUGAAAGCUGCAGGAGGCGUGUUUCUUUCUUCGACGACAACGAGGGUUGUCCAAGACUUCGUCGCGAGAAUGGCUGCUUUGAAUUACUCACGGAGGGUGCCUGUUUCGUCAAGGUCCGAUCCAGGUGCCACUAUCCCAGGCUGUUCAAACUCGAAGACGAUUUCACCACAUUGACUUGGUCGCCAAGUGCAAAGUCUGGUCGAGUUUUCAUCAAGGAUAUUCAUGAAAUCCGAUGUGGUAGGAACUCGCCUCUUCUGCUCGAUCCUGGAUUGGAGAUAUCGGACGGCCAUGCUUUCUCCAUCGUUCAUGGUCCUGAUUUUGAAUUCUUGGAUCUAGUUGCUGAGACCGAGGAGGAAGCAUGUAUAUGGCAGUCGGUACUAAUCUUUCUAUGCAACCUCCAGCGAAGAAAAAGCGGCAAGGAUGAAGAUAACAUUAGUCAGGUCAGUGGAGGUGGGGUUAAUUUCACAUCAAUUCGCUCUCAACUGGACAUCUUCAUCAAGAACAUGUGUGUGGUCAACGCAGAGGUUCAAUACAUGGUAGCACGAUACGGAAACGGUUGGGUUCUCACGGCCCGACAACUUCGGCAUUUUCUCAUUUCUGAGCAGAAGCUGGAUGUUUCUAUGAAAAGUUGCGCAUGGCUCAUCUGCGAAAAUGAACCAGCACCUGAAAAUCGAGAAAAACUACUGCUUUCUGCUCAAGGCUUAGUGAACUAUCUGUACAGCAAACAUGGUGAUGUGGUCAACCCAAAUACAAGAGAAAUUUAUCAGGACAUGACUCAACCUCUUUGCAACUACUACAUUGCAUCAUCACAUAACUCAUACCUGAGUACAAGUCAACGCGAGGGAGUGUCCUCACUCGCUGCUUUCCAGCGUGUGAUCAUGAAGGGCUGUCGCUACGUCGAAAUUGACCUCUGGGACGGAGUGAACAAGGAGCCUGUUGUGCGACAUAAUAGCUGUGCUGGCGGGCCAUUGGAACUGUCCAGUUUAGUGCAAAUGAUUGCACGCUAUGCGUUUCUGGUGUCAGAAUUUCCAUUGAUCAUCAGAGUUGAACAUCAUUGCUCUGUCCAGCAGCAGAAGAGAGCAGCACAGAUCUUCCAAGAACAUCUCGCUGAAUUCCUGGUUGAGACAAAGAGUAUCAAUAUGCUGCAGGGGCAUCUUCCAUCUCCUGUGGAUCUGAAAGGAAAAAUCAUUCUUGUGACCAAGCGGCUACCGUUUGCCUACAGCGACGGCGGGAAAGCUGACGGAUUUGUGAGUGAAGACGAUGACAUGUUUGAACUGUCUUUCUCCGCAUCGGCUUCAGCAAGUGAAAAAUCGCCCAAGAACAAAAAGCGACCGCUACGGCGAGGCUCCACGUUUAGCGCGGAGAUGAAAACAGCGCCGCUUUCGCGGAACAACUCCUGGUGUGCAUCUUUGGCUAGCUGGCCGCUUCAAGACAAAGCCAAAGAAAGACACUUUACAACACAUGGGCCAAGCAAGCCAAGCGUGCCCAUUCUGACAGCAUUUGAGUUAGUGCAGCUUUCAUCCAUCAUACAUCUGAGGACAUUCUCUGAGACAGAACUAACUGAGCCAAGAGUGUCACGGUCACUCUGGUCGUUCAACAGUCACUUACUGUGCGAGCUGGAAACACACAGGAUGAGCGAUAUGGUUCAGCAUCACCAGACCGCAAUAAGUCGUGCAUAUCCUGCAUUUAGCUCUCAUGAUGACAGCAGCAACUACUUGCCCACAACCGCCUGGUCAUGUGGUGUUCAGUGUGUGGCAUUGAACUGGCAGACAAUCUGCACAGAGAUGGACCUGACUGUGGGGAUGUUUAGCGACAACGGCGCAUGCGGCUACGUUCUGAAGCCCCGUGCGCUAACACAGGGUGUAUCCACAGCACCAAACUGGCAUGGUGUCACUCCGAUGGAGCUGACAAUCAAGAUAAUUUCAGGGAAAUCGCUGCCAGACCCUUUCAUGUCUGACUACAUGUCAGAAAGCUUGGACCCGUUUGUCAAGGUCACUAUCAAUGGUGCUAGCUGUGAUAAUGAUGAGUGGAAGACUCGGCCUUGCCGCAACAACCGGGAUUCCCCUAGGUGGGAUGAAUCAGUGACAUUCAAAGUUCAGUUUCCUGAGAUCGCACUGGUACGGUUCCACGUCAUUGACGCUGACUCAAUUGGAUCGGACUUCAUUGGACAGCUGACCAUUCCGCUGAGGUGCAUGAAAACAGGCUAUCGUCAUGUCAAGUUAAAAUCACCUGACGAUCGCUUCCUGGAGCAUGCCAGCCUUCUUGUACACAUUACCUGUCAGAAGGUGCCUUGCUACUCUAACUUUGCUAAGCGCAGCACGCCGAAGAGUCGUAAAGAGGCAUUGACGAGUCAACUGACCUUACUACAUGAGUUGGACUCGCAUUUCAAAAAAUGUAACAUGUUGCUGAACAAUGCAGUUGAUCUGUGUUACCCUGCUGAGGCUGCACUUCAUGACUUGAAGCACUCUUGCCAUUUCUCCGGCAAGACUUCAAUACCUAACUUAGUGCAUAGUCUGGCUGCUCAUAACAAUGCUGCUGCUCACUAUGCUGCUGCUGGUGGUGGCAAGAAGGACCAGCAGCAGCCUGUAUCCAAACUGUCGAUUGAGCAUGGACUAUUUCCGAUCGUCGAAGUUUGCCAGGACACUGCAUCAGACUUUUUUAAGAACUUCGUAAUAAACCUGAACAAAAGCUUGGUAGCUAUUCGUCAUUGUCUUCUCAACGCCCCGGCACUACUGGAAGAGAUUGAAACAUUGCUAGAAGAAACGUCUGCAAAAUGGCCAUGUAUCAAGCAGACAGUGGGAAGUACAGAUUUAAAAGUUAAACACCAGAAGAAGGCAUUGGUAGCAUUCUAUUGGAAUGUGGGCCUGCUAGAAAUGGAAGCUGGAGAAAUCAAAGACACUGUGUAUCGGCUGCAAGUUGCUAUGAAUUUGAUUGGCGAAUGCCUGCUUGUGGAAGGACUGGCCGACUGGGAAGAAGACAAACCUGCUGUGGAAGAUGGGAGUUAAUGUCGGCUAAUUCCACCUGCCUAUCACCUGCCUAUCACCUGCAUAUCAAUGCUACGUGCCACUGGACAUGUGCACAAUACUCACUCACAACCAUGGCUGCUGCAUGGCUGCAUCGCUACCCUGCUACACAGUGAUGUCUGGUUAGUUGACCCCAGCAGGCUCACUGCAGACUCACUGCUAGUCCUGUGGAUGGCUAAUACUUUUAGCUGCUGCAAGCCGCCGGGUGGGAGAACACCGCUGAGGACAUGGCAUAGUAUGCCAGUUUUCUGCAGUGUUCUCAUCCUGUCUCGUCGCUCUUGAUACUUUCGGCUACUGCUACCUGUGCACUGUGCCCUACAAUACCGCAAUACCGUGCCAUAUAGCACUGUGCUACGACACGAUGUCCUACAACUCGGUUUGCCACACCGUGCACUAUUUCACUGUGCUCUGCUGUACCUUACCAUAGCGCCCUGCAACACUUUACCACACCGUGCCGUAUAACACACACUGUGCUACCAUACCGUGCCCUGCAACAUCGUGCCAUAUAGCACCGUGCUUCGCCGUGCCCUUCAACGCUGCACUCUAUCGUGUCCUGUAACACUGUACUCUAUCGUGCUCUGCAACACAACACAACAGCCUGCGUGAUGGCAUGUUUGUGUUUACAGUUGUACAUUGUGGUGCCAGCCUAUAGCGUAGCAGCAGAGUAAUAGUGCUACUAGCGUUGGACGUUGGACAUUGUCACGACAACACCCAUCUGCUUCCCUAGCCCUGUGCAGGCUGUGUACAGUGUGUUCUGACCCUGUUAGUGCUAACAGCCGACCUCACUCCCUGGACUCCAAGGCAAGAACAUUGUUGUUCAUUUACCGGACCAUUACUUAUACAUCUAUACGUCUAUGCUGUUUAGUGUAUCUGUGUGUAUGUGUGCAUGUAUGCAUGUGCGCAUGUGCAUCUAGCCUCUCUUAACCUUGACUGAAUAACGUCACUUAGGCCCGAUGCUCUGGUCGUACACGCUAGCUGUGCUAGCCUUACUCUGCAUUUUCCUCCCCCCCCCCCCCACACACACACUCCCUUGCCUGUUUUUUUGCUGCCCCCGUGUAUGCCCAUUCGUACCCGCUCUCACCUCCACAACCAACUAGACACUGACGUUUCGCGUGCCUGUGUGUGUACACGUAUGCUUGAGUGUAUGAGCAUGUGUGUGUGUGUGUGUGUGUGUGUGUGUGUGUGUGUGUGUGUGUGUGUGUGUGUGUGUGUGUGUGUGUGUGUGUUUCUGCAUAUUGAGGUCUAUGUUCGUUCAAGGGCUAUUUUUUCUUUCAGUGCUCGAUUGUUUUUACUAUUCAUCUGAUUUCACUCGAAUGUGCAAGUCUUUGGUUGAGCGGGACAUGGCUUUCUCUGCCGUGAAGUCCUCAGCUGUUCCCUUUUGAUUUUUCAGGCAAUAUUCCUGUACUAGUUGUCAGACAACACUUUCCAAUACUUUCUUACCGGUACAGCUUUUUUUUAUCACCAUAGUACAUGUACUGCUACACACUAAUUUAUUGUGCAGCACCAUAGCUAGAGGCCGUAUAUGAUACUAUUUUAUGGCAGCUUACCUCGAUCUGUAUGUUCGUGGCUCACACGCUACACUACAAGAAGACUACCCAACAUAUCUCUAGGCACUCUGCGUCAAGAUCGCAAAAGAUGCUAUGUCUUUUUUCUCAUGUUUGCCAGUACUUUCUUCUAGGGGUUCUCUUUCUUUCUCCUUUGGAUAUUCUCCUUUGAAUAUGGUCUCAGGUGUGCAGCUUUUAAGUGGCUGAUUGUUUUACCUUACACCAACUUCUUUUCCUCACUGCUAACCAGCUGCUCUAUGAUGGCUAUCCUCGCCAUUUUGUUAUCAGCUUCCCGCCAAUUUUUUGAUGACUUUAGGUGUUUCAAAGUCGCUUGUGUUUGAAAGCACUUUUAUCAUCAUUUUUACUCCUCACUUGCUGCUUGUGCCUGUGUAUUCUGAUUUGUGUAUGCCUCCAACCUUGUCCUAUCUUGUGCGAAGAGAAAGAAUCUGUUCAGCUGAA